CGUCUGUCCGUCUGUCUGUCUGUCUGUCGGUCCGUAUCUCUGUCUGUCUGUCUGUCUGUCUGUCUGUCUGUCUGUCUGUCUGUCUGUCAUCCAGAUCCAGAUCCAGAUCCUGAAGUGUUUUGAUUUAAAGCUACAGACACAAAACGACAUUGUGAAGUGAAACAAACUCAGGAUUUUUUUUUUACUGGUUUGAAAAACAAACCCGACCUGUAAGUCCAGAUCAACAUGGUCCCUGCUGCUGCAGUGCAUCAUGGGAUGGAACAGGUGGUGGAGCAGAUCACCUGAGCCACCUCACUGCUCCCGGGACGGAGAACGUGGGAGAACCGGUUCCACGUGAUCAACCGGACUCAGUGAUCCACCGUAAACAGCUGAUUCAGGAUCAGACAGCAGAUCUCAGACCUCGGUCUCUUCACAUCCGAUCAAUCAAUAAUCAAUAAUCAAUAAUCCAUCACCAGAUCUCUCUCCCUCAUAGAAUCCAACUUGUCCUCGAUUACAUUCACGUGACAGCUUCAGUCACUUCUCUGAUUGAGACGAUCCAACAGGUAGAAACAGAUCAGAUCGGUGACACGUGACGUCACAGCGCCACCUGCCGGCCACAGACACACGGUGCAGCAGCUGACUGGGGAUCGAUCAGUUCUCAGGUUGAUUCUUUACAGUCAAACUAUUUCACUCAUAUUUAAAAAAAAACAACAAUGUUUUUUCUUUACAAUUUCUGCUUUGAAAUUGUAUAAAUAGCUCAUCCGGCCGAGCACUCACCUGCUCAGGUAGGACAUGACCCACCGUACCUUUGACUUGCGCCACUUGAGAACUUACGCCCAAAUUAUUUUCUGUCUUGGAACAGGUCCACGCAGAGUCAGGUUGGUGGGAGGAGCCAGUCGCUGCGCUGGUGAACUGGAGAUGAACCACCAGAGAGAGUGGAGACCAGUGACUGUCGGGGUUGGAUGGAACCAGAUAUCAGUGGAUAAAGUUUGCACACAUCUGGAUUGUGGAUCUGCUGUUUCAACAAAAGUUACAGAUAAUUCUCCAUACAGACGUGUGUGGUGGAUCGAUAACGACUGUGUCCAGUCCGAAUCUGAACUCAGGGAAUGUGUGAAGCUGACUGAUCUUUAUAAAACCAAGAAAGGCCAUGAAGUGAUCUGCUCAGGUUUGCUGGUUCAGCCAAACGUCUCCGUCUCGCCCAUUGUUGGGGUCUCCGGGGCCGAGCAGCAGGGGUAUCAUGUGCUCCUGGGCUCCAGCUUCACCGUCACGUGUUCUACUGAACCACAGUACCAAGGAGGCUCCUUCCACCUUCUCUUCACCACCUCCGACACGGCACACAACUACACCCUGCCGGCUGUCAAUCACUCCGCCCACUUCCUGUUCCCUGCUGCGAGCAGCGCCCACCGAGGGGACUACACAUGUGUUUACCACGCCUACGUUUUCUCCUAUAACUUCUCUUCCGAGAGCCGGCCUCUCCAUGUCAUUGUCUCAGCUUCUGUGACUGAUCUGAUCAUCAGAUGUGUCGUGGUGCUGCUGCUUCUGACGGUGUCGACCCUCAUCCUCUACUUCCACUUCAAGGCCGAAGGACGCCGGAGGAGACAGAGGCCUGAGACUCGUCAGCGCCCCCGCAGGUCAACAGCUGCAUCACGCGUCAACGUAGAGUAAAAGGAUCACAGCCGCAAUGGAAGAAGCUUCAGAUGGAUUUCAUCCAGAUAUUGAAUAUGUGUCAAUGUACAGUAUCUGAGAUCUAAGACAAAGUGAUAUGUUGACUUUGAAAGGCGACACAGGAUACAAACACAACAACUGUUAUUAGGACACAUUCAUCAUUCAUUGUUGCUGUUGGUCUUUUAUGGGAUUUGUUCAAUGAUAUAAAUAGAGAAAAUCAGCAGACUGAUCCUUUAAUAUUCAUAUCAGUGGUUAUGGAAGUGGAGUAUGAGGCAAAGUUGAAACAUUUAUUGAAUAUUUAAAUUUUUAAAUGUCAACUGUAAAAAAACCCAGCUUAUUUACGUUUGAUAUUCAUCUUUACUUUUCAUAUUUACUUUUUAUUCUUUUUAUACUAUUUUAUUUUAUAAACUCGCUUAGUUUUUCAAAAACGCUGUUGAAUGAAGUUUUAUUGUUGUUUGUCCCCAUAAGGAAGACAAGUCCUGUGAGUGUGUAAACACAUGUUGGUCCCCACAACAUGAGUAAUACCAACACACACACACACACACAUGAUACAAACAAUAACUUUUAUUAAGACACAUUCAUUGUUGGGAGCAAAAGACAAAACAGUUUAUUGUCAGUUGUUGUUAAAAUACAAAAGUAACUUUUAUUUACUAAUUUAUUGAAACAUUUUUGUUUGAUAUUCAUCUUUACUUUUUAUACUCAC